UUUAACCAAAUCCAAACACACAAAUUUCUUGUCUUCUCUUCUUGUUCUUCUUUGCUGCUUAGAGUGUCAACUUUACCUGAAUAUGGCAGUUGUACCUCACAGGCUAUCAAAUCCCAGAAGCGAACGUCAUAUGUUUUCUUCAUCAGAUGACAAUGCAAUGAUGAAGCAAAUUCAGGCCACUCAUGCUCCUGAUGGCCGUGACUUUUCUGUCAGACCUCUUCUUCAGCUUGUUGAAGACAUUUUCCAACGUGCUGCACCAACUGGCCUGGCUACUCUUGUUCAUCAUCAACAGGCGCAACUGGAUGCAUUGGAUGAUAAGGCUCUUCAAAAUGGAGUUGAUGAAAUUCUUGAUGUUUUGUCAUACACAAUCAACAGAAUUGCGUGCGAGAUGUCCUGCAAGUGCUCUGGUGGUGGGGAUGCACAUGCAACAACAUUAGCAAUAUUUAACUUGCUAUCAAGCUACUCAUGGGACGCAAAAGUAGUGCUAGCCUUAUCAGCAUUCGCAGUGAACUAUGGCGAAUUCUGGCUUGUUGCUCAGCUAUACCUUACAAAUCCGCUGGCAAAAGGAGUUGCACUCCUUAAGCAAUUGCCAGAUAUACUCGAACGUGCUGAUGCACUGAACCCAAAAUUUGUGGCACUCAACAACCUUAUCAUGGCUACUUUGGAUGUUGCCAAAUGCAUUGUUGAAUUCAAGGAGCUUCCAUCUCAGUACAUCACUCCUGAUACACCAGAAAUGUUAACUGCCACUGCCCAUAUUCCAACAGCUGUUUACUGGACCAUCAGGAGUAUUGUAGCUUGUGCAUCACAAAUCACUGGCCUCAUUGGCACGGGUCAUGAGUACAUAGCAUCAACAACAGAAGCAUGGGAGCUAUCAAGUUUGGCCCAUAAGGUCAAGAGCAUUCAUGAGCAUCUCAUGAAGCAGCUCACUCUUUGUUAUCAUCACAUAGAUGAGAAAAGGCACAAUGAAGCAUAUCAAACGCUCAUUCGCUUGUUCGAAACUAGUCACAUUGAUAACAUGAAAAUUCUCAGAGCUCUGAUUUAUGCUAAGGAUGAUCAACCACCACUUCAUCAUGGUGCCACCCAGAAAAGGGUUACACUUGAGGUGCUAAGGAGGAAGAAUGUGCUGCUAUACAUCUCAGACCUUGAACUAUCCCUUGAAGAGCUUUCAAUGCUUAACCAAAUGUACACGGAGGCUCGGCAGCAGCCGACAAGGACAGAGAGCCAAUAUGAAGUAGUGUGGCUACCUGUUGUGGACAGAUCAACUCCAUGGAAUGAAGUGAAACAAAAACAAUUUGAGAGUCUUCAAUCAAUGAUGCCAUGGUAUACAGUCUAUCAUCCUUCACUGCUUGAUCCAGCAGUCAUCAGGUACAUCAAGGAGGUCUGGCGCUUCAACAAGAAGCCAUUGCUCGUGGUUUUAGACCCGCAAGGGAGAGUAGUGAAUCCUAAUGCUAUUCAUAUGAUGUGGAUUUGGGGAAGCAUAGCAUUUCCUUUCACAAGCCACAGGGAGGAAGCACUCUGGAAAGAAGAAACCUGGAGAAUUGAGUUAUUGGCAGAUGCUAUUGAUGCAAAUAUCCCCGACUGGAUACAUGCAGGGAAGUACAUAUGCUUGUAUGGUGGUGAGGAUAUAGACUGGAUCCGCAAAUUCACCGUAACAGCAGACGCCGUUGCACGAGCUGCCAACAUCCAACUGGAGAUGCUCUACGUAGGCAAGAGCAAUCCAAGGGAGAAAGUGAGAAAAAACAAUGAUAUAAUCAAAGCAGAAAAUCUCAGCCAUACAUUGCAAGACCUUACGAUGAUCUGGUUCUUCUGGGUGAGGCUGGAGAGCAUGUGGCACUCCAAGGUCCAAUAUAACAGAACUGUAGAGAAUGAUUCAAUCAUGCAGGAGAUUGUGACCAUGCUCAGCUUCGACGGAAGUGAUCAGGGCUGGGCUGUGAUUAGUAGAGGAUCAGGAGGUGGUGAUGAAAUUGCAAAGGCAAAAGGGGGUGAUAUUUUGAAGAGCUUUAAUGAGUUUCAGUCAUGGAAGCACAUUAUAGAUGAGAAGGGAUUUGUGCCUGCACUCAAUGACUACCUCCAUGGACACCAUGACCCACAUCACUGCAACAGGUUGAUUCUGCCGGGGACUACAGGAAGCAUCCCUGAGAGGGUGGUUUGCGCUGAAUGCAGCCGCCCCAUGGAGAAGUUCAUCAUGUACCGCUGCUGCACAGACUAAGCCUUUGCUGACGAAGCUAAUACUGUGCAUCCCGCAGCCAUAUCUGCGGUUUCUGCUAUGGUUGGAGAUUUAAUAACUGGCUGAUGGAGCCGGUGCUUGCUUGCCACUUUUAAUUUUUAUAUUUAAGAUGUUGAAUAUGCAGGAGAGGGAACUUGCUUGCUAUUCUCUCUAUGCAUUUGUAAUUUUUCCAUUCAAGUCUCUUUUAGUCAAUUUCUUUUUUUAUAAUCUCUGUCGG